CACUUCCAGGCUUCCCCAGACUGUGUGCUUGUGUUUUCACUCGCUUUAGUUUGGAGAUCCGCGCGCGAGCUUCAGCACAGAGCCAUGCGGUCAUCUUAAACACCGGACCUUGCACUUUUACACAGUUUAAAGUGGAACCGGAAACAGCUUCUCAGCAGAGGUUUUUUUCCCCCUCAUGUGAUAUAGAUCGGAUCUGAUCGGACGGUCCGGUUUGAGCGCCCAGGGUAGAGAGAGAGAAAGAGAGAGAGAGAGAUGGACGAGCGUGAGCGUGACACCGCCGCGGUUCCGGGUCAGUCCGCGUGUAAGCUGACCGGCUCGUCCCGAUGGGUCCGGCUCAACGUGGGGGGCACUUACUUUCAGACCACCACGCAAACUCUGUGCCGCGAGCCCAAGUCUUUCCUGUAUCGCCUGUGCCAGGAGGAUCCCGAGCUCCAAUCUGACAAGGAUGAAUUGGGUGCAUAUUUGAUCGACAGAGAUCCUGUGUACUUCGGGCCCGUCCUGAACUACCUGAGACACGGCAAACUGGUCCUCAACAAAAAUCUGACUGAGGAAGGAGCUCUGGAAGAGGCGGAGUUCUACAACAUCACAUCACUGAUUAAAGUUAUCAAGGACAGGAUCAGAGAACGAGACGCCAGAACCCUACACACUCCAGUGAAGCAUGUGUACAGGGUGUUGCAGUGUCAGGAAGAGGAACUCACUCAGAUGGUCUCUACCAUGUCAGAUGGAUGGAGGUUUGAGCAGCUUGUCAGUGUAGGCUAUGGGCGGACACAGAAGUCCGAGUUUCUCCUGAUUGUGUCUCGCACGGAGAAGGGGGAGGAGUCGUGUCAAACUUGCCCUGCCCACUGCGGAGAGCUGGUAAGCAUCGGCUCCUCCUAUAACUACGGCAGUGAAGACCAAGCCGAGUUCUUAUGUGUCGUUUCCAAGGAGCUUCAAAACCAGUCAUCCGGUAACAACAGCCAGCCGAGUGAGAAAGCCAAGAUUCUCCAGGAGCGAGGCUCUCGGAUAUGAGGCUCUCAGCUAAAACGUCUACGUCUAAAAACAGAUUUUUCAUUUCUGAAAUCUUUUCUUGGAGGAAAAAUGAUAGUGACAACAAGCGACCAAUCAAAAGUAAGAAGAAGUGUGAUGGGCGUUGAGGCAAAUACGGAAAAAUUCUCGAUACUAUAUAUUCGUCAUUUAGUAUCUGACCGCAUUAUAUAUUUAAAAAAUAAAGUUCAAAGUUUGGUGUGAAAGGAAAAUAAUCGACAAAGUGGCAUGGAUUAUAUCUUAUAACGUAGGGUCUUUAUUCCUUUUGCACCACAUCAAUUUGUUAUUUACACACAACAAACAACACUGUAGGUUUCGUUUAUUCGUAAUCUUAAUCUAAUGCUCCGCUUGCUGACGUUUCCGCCCUGAGAAAAGCGUUCUCAGAAGCAUGAGCUCAAAUUCUCGCGUCCAACGUGUAGACUAGGCAUGAGGAAGCGCUCCUUUGUGUCUCAGUGACCUUAACCUGUUUGUUUUAGGCUUGGUUUAUCAUUCAGUAUUAGUUUUAAUAGCGCCAUAGAACUUAGCGCUCUGGAACAUUCCAUGGGUAGAACGUGACGUGAGUUGAUGUUGGUCCUUGGACCCCUAAAUAUAAUGACGUGGGUUGUGAUUUCCGCCACUGUAACUAAAAAACGCCCCGCAGCUAUGCUAAAAAGCUUUCUGCUUAGCUUGAUGAUCCGAGACGUGUUCGACAUCCGCUGUCUGUCUCGCUGUAAACCUUUCCUCCAGGAAAACACACCUACACUUGUUGAGGAAAAAUGAACAAAAACGGACUGUGUAGCUAAACAUUGUGGCUGUGCGGUGUUCUGUAGGAGAUGUAAACCUCAGGGAACUCUAAUCGUGGCUGCAAAUUUUGACCAGGGUUCCAGUUAGCACAGACCCACAGCACUUUAUUCCUCUCACACCACUAGCAUGUUUAACAAUGGGCUACAGAACAACGUGUCAAUCAAGAGAGGAGAAAUCGAGGCUGGCUUAAUGUCAAUUAAGUCGUUUCCUCACCAGCCUCGAUUUCUCCUCUCUCUUGAUUAUUAAAAAAAAUGGAGCUAGUCAUGUUACUGAGAAUCUGAGGCGCUUUGUCCAAAAAGAUCCAGCUUCACCUCUGACUGUUAGGACGACUCUGACACUGGAGACUCCUUCCAUGAUUGUUUAAAGAAAAAUAAGCAUUAAUUUACAAAAACUGUACGCUUUUAUACAAGUAUUAGAGCGUUAAUCGACUCGAAUAGAGUUAGUGACAAUGUUAAUGGACACUGAAUACGCCGAUGGUCAACGUGAUUUGUGACGUAUCUCUGCUGUUAGGGAUCUACCAAUAAAACAAAAUAUCUACAGGCUCUGUGUUUUGGGGGAUUUACACUUUGUUUUAGGAUCUGCUAAUAUAAUCUUACAUUAAAUACUUCAUUUAUUAAACAUAAUCUGAUCACAUGAAUCUGCUGAAGAUUUAUUUUACACAUGAUAAAUGAGGCACUUCGGGGUGUGUGUGCUGAGUCGCGUGUGUGAAUCUAUAAUAUAAGCCCUAUUUAUAUUUGAACUGCUGCUCCUUUACUCACUUGCUUAAGGCAGUAUAGUUAUACUAAUAAA